AAAGAGGGAAAGAAGAAGAACGAUAACAUUUUGGAAAGACGGCUUUUAAAAUGGGCAAAUUGUUGAUUUUAUUUAUAUUUAGCUGCAUAACGCACACAGUUUUAAGCACAAGUUGCAAAACAUUAUUGCACGAACUGGCAAACGAACAGCAUAACUUCGUUUUCUGCACCACAACUCAUGCGAUUCCCGACGGCGAUAAUAGAUUCUGCGGGAGCUGCGAAGGCGAACACAAUUUAAUGAAAACCGCCUUCGAUUUGUUGAUGAAAAACGAGAAUUGUUCCAAGUUGUACAAGGAUGCGGAUCGCAUGAAUGUCGUGAGCACAACACAAAAGCUACUCGAUGGUCUCUGGGACAGAGCGUACUGCGAAAAUUGCUUCCAAUUCGAUGGGCAAGUCUUAACUAACUUCACUGAAUUGCAUGAUGGAUUUAGAAAAUGCAUAAGUUUGACCAAUAAAAAGGAUUUGUGCAUUAACUGCAAAGCGGCCUAUAUUUAUAUGAACGAUUUUUAUUUGAAUUUGGAUAAGAAAAACAAUGGACACAUCUGCUACGAUAUACAGGAUAUAAUGAAUCGCACGCGUGUCCUGUGGUCCAAGGAAUUGAAAUGUUGCCAGCGUGAAGUGAAUAUGACAAUAUUCCUAACCUGCGUCGGAGUUGUAGCUCUACUGCCCCUUCUCCUCUUCUAUAGCGGCGCCGUUGUGCUGACCAAGCGACGGGAGGCGCAUCAUGGUCUUCUCAAUGAGCAGGAGCCCGAACUGGAUGCCCCAUCCACAUCACAGCUUAUCACCGCUGCUAUCUUAUCAACAACGCCCUCAGAGCCGCCAGCUGUUAUACAAGCCAGAACAGAGAUAGUUCCGAAACUUGUUACAUUAACUGAUGACUCUAGCGAUUUGAGCAGCGAUGAUGAGCCAGCUCUUAAACCAAAAAUUAAUUAAAACUAUAAGCAUCAAUAAUUAUCCACACUAUAAUAUGUGAUAAUCACGCAAGUUCACUUUUAUGGGGAUUCCCCUCAUUUAGUAUUUAAACUGGGUAAUUUCCCUCAUUCGUUAUCUUAACUCGGUGAUUUCCCCCAAAAAUGAAGUACCAAUUUUAAUUUCUUAAAAAAAAUUUGUUUAUCCUGAACUGAAUUAUUUUAUUUUGUAUUUUUAAUCUCAAGAUUUAUAUGUUUGACAUACAUGAUAA